CUCACACUCCACCUCUCGCUUCCUCCGGCCCUCCCCUGUUCUUCUCGCUGCCCUUUGCUGCCCCUGUCUCGUCGUCCCUCUGCAGCCGUCUUUGAAUCUCCCAGCAGUGAACCACCAUCGCCCAGGAUGGACUCCAGACCCCCCAACCUGCUGCUGCUCCUCACCGGCCUCCUGCACCUGUCUCCGUUGGCCAGAGGACAGGGAUCGUACAUUAUAGAUGCCGUGGGCCUCACAGUCCUGCCCAGCAGCACAGUGGAGAGCGGGACACCUGUGACCAUCCACUGCCGGGUCACAGUCAGCAGUGAAAACCUCCCGAACCUGACGCACACUUUCCAGCUCAGAAAGGACGACCUCCCCAUCCACUCCACUAUCACCACAGAAGACACAGUCGUGUACAAACUCGACCCGGCCAGGGCCGCCGACUCUGGAAGUUAUGAAUGUCAGGUCACGGUUAAAGACAAGAGCAAAAAAAGUUUCAGCGAAAAGCUCGAGGUCAGAGGCCUGCAGACCCCCGUCCUGUAUCUGAGUAAGAGGACCUUGUACAAGGGUGAUGACUUCAUGGCCACCUGCAGUGCUCCGGAUGAGAAGGGGUCCCUCUCAUUCCGCUUUUUCCAGAGAUAUGGAAAAGAGGAGCCUCAGAGGAUGAAGCAGGUCGCAGCCACAGGUAACACCUCAGAGACCACGCUUGUCCUGAGACACGUCGGAGACUACUUCCUCUUCUGCGCCUAUGAGAUCAAUUUGGAUUCUGGGACCCGACACUCCAACAGCAGCACUGAGAUCCAAGUCAUAGUCACAGAACUUCAAAUUUCCCCGAUCAUGAACGUGCUGCCAUCGCCUAACGUCUAUGAGGGCGACAUCAUAGAGGUCGUCUGCAAAGUGGUGAAUUCCCUGCAAGACGUUAGCGUGUUCCUGACGAGGGACCGGCGGAUCCUCAAGGAAGCCAGGGUCAGCCUCAGUCACCGCUUCAGAGCUCAAGAGGGCGACUCAGGGGAGCUCGUGUGCAAGGCAGAGUGGGGCAAUGUGCAGAGAGAGACCUAUCAAGAAAUCACAGUCAAAGAGCUGUUUUCAAAGCCAAGCCUGAUUCUGGAGCCUCUUUUCAUAUUUGAGGGCGAGCGCCUCAAACUGACCUGCUCUGUCACUGUUUACGUUCCUGAGCGGAUCAACAACAAAGCCAUGGUGUUCAGCAUCUACAGAGAUAAGGUCGAGGUCGCCCGUUCACAGACGUACACCUCUGUGGCAAACGCGAGUACAAACGGCAACUACACCUGUAAAGCCCUGAGUUCUUCUCUUGCCCACAGUUUUGUCAAAGAGAGUCCAAGGCUUGUUGUUAAAGCAAAAGUUCUUGUUUCAAAGCCCGUGCUAAGCGUGGUGGGGGGUACGCUUGUAUUGGGAACACCUUUCCAGCUGCUCUGUCACAGUGACAUUGGCACUCUGCCCAUCAAGUACACCCUACAUGGCCUAGGAAAGGUAAUUGGAGACCAGUUGGUGAGCAGGCCGGGACAACAAGCCCUCUUUAACCCACCUGCCAUCUUUAAGAGGUUGGACUUAAACAACUUUAUAUGCCACGCAAGGAACAGUCCCAGCCAUCCUCCCGUGGUGGGAUCAGUGCAGCAGCUGUUCGAUUCAACCAACGUCAUAGAGCCUGUGUCAAAACCAAUGUUUUUAAUAGACCCCGGCAUGGGGGACGUCUCGGAGGGGCAGGAGUUGACCCUCACCUGCUCUGUCCAGAGAGGGACUCCUCCCAUAACGUUCACCUGGUAUCACGCCGAGACAGCGGGCGUUCUUGCUUCAGAGAUCUCAAACAAACAGGAGGAGUCGUACUUCAUACGCAACGUCAUGCGGGAGCACAAAGGGGAAUACUACUGUGAGAGCACCAACCCAGCCAACGAAACCAAACGGAGUUACCCUGUCAGCAUUAAAGUGAAGUUGGCCCGAUGGAAGAAAGGUCUGAUCGCCGGCCUCUGCAUUGUGCUCGUCCUGGCCUUGGUCCUCAUCGUCGCCCUUAAAACACGUCUCCUUGUGUGUGGGAGGAAGAGAACAGGCGAUCUGUCAGUGAAGUCAGCCGGCACCAAGCUAGAGCGGCUGAGUCUCACCCAGGCGGAGGUCAACCAGGCUGCAAAUGUUACACCGGGAAUUAUGGGGAAAAGUGUUUGGAGUGAACAUGUAUCAGGCUCUGAGUCCGAUGAUCAGAUCAGUGAGCCUGCUCCCUCACCUCAGUACACAGAGGUGAGUAUCGGCGAGGCAGAUCCUAACAGAGCUCCGGUGAAGAAGGGCACGGACACGGUGUACAGCGAAGUGAGGAACUCCAUGCAAGGUGUCCCGGAUCCGACUGAUGGUCAGGGGUCAGUAGAAUAUGCAGAUCUGAAUCAUGAUACAGAUCGCCACGUUAACCACGGUGUCCAGGAUGACCACAUGGACAGACCUGUCCUGCAUGGUCCCGUGGACGAACCCGUCCAGCAUAGUCCCGUGGAUGGACCUGUCCAGCAUGGUCCCGUGGAUGGACCUGUCCAGCAUGGUCCCGUGGACGGACCUGUCCACCAUCACCAGGUGGACAGACCUGUCAGUGUCGACGCCAGCACUGCUGACCAAGGAGAAUGAGACUGAAAACUGGACAACAAGGAUAUUUAUUCCCUUAUUUAUCCAGCUGGAGUCUUUGGGUCUGAAACAACACUAAGAAACAACGUGUAACUACACAAUGUACUUUUGUAAAGCUUUGCAAAGAAACACUCCACCCUGGAAAUUCACCUGCUUUGUCCCUGAGGGCAAAUAAAAUGUUUUUGUUAAGUGUUUCUCUUUCCUUCACAAGAAAAACACCAAAUCCACAUCCUUCUUCCACAGACUCUAACCAGGCUGCUGCAUAUAAAGCUGUGUUUGGAAUGAAUGGUGAGAAUCAUUUUUAUACAGCCUGUAAUUGUCAAUAGAGAAUAAGCAUGACUACUGCACUCAUCCCUUUUUCAGAAGUGGGGAUAUUUUCAUUGAAAUGUUCUCAGUUUAUUCUGCCUGUGCAAACGUUAUAUGCAGUAAAGAUUAAAGGUUGCAUUUAAAAGCAAUCUUUCAAGCAGAAUUAUUCUGGGAAACUAUUUAUAAUGCAAAUCAGACACAAAUCUUCACUUAUCUAAAGAAUUUCUGUUCCACCAUUUAUUUUAUUAAUCGAGCCACAGUUUCACAAACCUCCUUCCUCUAAAUCAACCCUGAAGCCAUUUACUGUAACAUCGGCAAACUUUCUAAACAUUUUCAAUCUUUAACAUUUGAGCAUUUUACAACCUCAAAAUCAAUUUGACCCUAAUCUGAGGUCAGGUGUCCGAUCAGCUGUAACAACAACAUGACCCAGAGACGGCUCCGUGGAAUUCAGACAAUAUUUAUUUCAUUAUUUAGACAUUUAGACCUUUUUCUACGGUGAAUAUAAAAUAUCGUCUGUAACAACAAAACUCAAAUUGGAUUUCUACUGUCAAAUAAACCCCAUUUAUUUGUAUUCACA